AUGCAGUUACUAUGGCGUCGCCUGGCGCUUGUCGCGUGGUGUCUCGGUUGGCUGACGAUCGCGGUGUGGACGGCGUGGUUCACGUGGCAAGCCGCCGAUAACCCGCGCAAAGAAGAUCUCCGCACGUGGUGCGCGGCUCGAAUGCGAUACGUGCACCAGGAAUUCGUGUCAAGUUUGAACCAAAUAGAGAUCCUGGCGGGGCUGGUCAAGGCGUUCAACGGGGUCUCCAACGCUCCCAACACGCCCGCCCACUGGGGCCUCAAGGGCUACAUAACCAACGCCACGUGGAUCGCGUUCAGCGAGCAGUGGAUUCAACGCAUCCAGCCAUGGUCCCUCACCACGUGGGCCGUCUGUAUCACCCACGAAGAACGUCCGGUGUUCGAGCAAAUCCUCAACUGUACAGUCAAGACGCUGCUGGGAUCCAUGGCCCCUGCAGCUCCUUUCUACGCAGUCACCAUCUUUCGCUUCCCCAUCUACGAGUUCCCCCCGUGCACCAACGUAUACACGGUGUAUCCGCCUGUUGUAGACCACUUUCUGCGCACGGGCGAACGUGCUGCUAUGCCCCCGGUUUUGUUCCCGACUCAACACAUUGGGUUAGUGUACGGCAUCCCCAUCGUGCGCUCACCAUUCACCACGCAUGUUACCAUGGAGCAAGGGAGAGCGAAGAUGGCCGGAUUCAUUGCCGGGGCAAUUGAUACGGAGACGCUCAUCUCGCACGCCCUUAUGGACGUGCUCAACCAGAGUGAGUCUGGAGUGGACUUGACUCAGGAGAUAGAUGAUUGUUUUUUGACUCAGGAGCUGAGUAAUUAUAUUGCCGGGGCCGGGGCAAUCGAUACGAAGACGCUCAUCUUCUAUGCCCUUAUGGACGUGCUCAACCAGAGUGAGUUUAGUCGGAGUCGAGUCAAGAGCGACAUGACUGCUGAGAGGGGAGAGGGUGUUGACCACAGCAGCAGAGAGUGGAAGGGAGACAUUCUUGCCAACCUCAUCCGCAAGGGAAGCGGCAUAUUAUCGGCCUUUCUCGACCCUGCGACCAUUCCACCGGGCGACAAGGAAGUUCAACCCUUCCCGGAGCCCUUCUGUUCUCGAACCUUUGAAGUCCAUUGCAGGUUCCUGGACAGCGGCAGUGCGUGGCGGCUGGUGUGGGCGCCGGUGUUGGUGGCGGUGCUGGUGGCGCUGGUGGCGUUGCUGUUGACGCUGAUCGUGGUGUUCCUGGCGCGCAAGCAGGCGGCCAUCAGCUGUGCCGUGAGGGAGGUGGAGCUCUGCACUGCUGUGCUUGAGCGCGCCCAGCGCUCCAAGAGCCACACUGUGGCCAACCUCUCGCACGAGCUGCGCACUCCCAUCGUGGGCAUGCUAGGCAUGAUGGAGGCGCUACUGGAAAGCGAAAUGCAAGGGCCGCAACAGCUUUCAAAUUCUGUCCUCUGUCUUCCUCUCCCCUGUCCCACUCCCAACCAACCCCACCUCACGCAUGAUGGAGGCGCUACUGGAGAGCGACCUGCAGGGGGGGCAACAGCUCUCAACUUUCUCAUCUGCCUUCCCCUCCACUGUCCCAAUCACCCCCACCUCACGUCCUCCUCCCCCCAAGGAAUGAUGGAGGCGCUACUGGAGAGCGAGCUACAGGGGGGGCAGCACCGGGACCUGGCAGUGGCCAAGGAGUGUGCAGCAGCCAUCGUGGGGCAACUCAACUCCGUGCUCGACCUCGCCAAGCUGCACGCCGGCCGCCUCUCCCUCGAGACUCUCCCGCUCUCCCUGCACCACUGCGUUGACAUGGUCGCCCGCGACUUGCUGCCCGAGGCCUGCAAGAGGGGCGUCCACAUGGUGUGCCAGGUGGACUGCAGUGUGCCCGAGGUGCUGCUGGGUGAUCCGCUGCGCCUCGCUCAAGUUGUCAGGGAGCUCAUCAGUCAUGCCAUCCGCACCACCAUAUCAGGCCAUGUGGCGUUUAGAGUGUUGUGCAUCCCCAUGCCCUCUCCCAGCACCCUUGGGUGUUCGCCCCUCACCCCGCCUCUCACCACACCCGCGCCUGCUGAUGCCAUGACGCCUUCACAAGCUGCUGCCGACCCAUCAAAUGCUGCUGCUGCACCUUUGAAUUCUGCUGCGGCAUCACAUGCUGCUGCACCUUUGAAUUCUGCUGCGGCAUCACAUGCUGCUGCUGCGGCGGCGGCGGCGGCAGCAUCAGGCUCAGCGGGUGGGGAAGGCGGAGUGCAGUGUAAGGCAUGGCUUGCAUCAUGGCUGGAUGAGGCCUGCCGCCAAUGCAGUGGUGGCAGUGACAGCAGUGGGGGAAGUGGGGGCAGUGGCACCAUUCUAUCAGCCAAGGCGGCAGCAGCAACUGCAGCUGCAGCAGGAGAGGGAAGCAGCGAUGGGGAGGGAGGUGGGGCAGGAGUAGACUACAGCGAACCUGGGGGAGAGGAAGGCAGGGAGGAGGCGGAGAGGGAGGUGGGGCAGAUGCGAGCACUGCUGCGAGAACUGGAGGGGUGUGUGAGUCGCUUCAGCGAUGGCUCUGUCGUGUGUGCGGCCGUUGACACUGCUGCUGAUGCGGCUGAUGAUGUUGAGGAGGGGUGUAGGAAUGAGCGACAUGGAGGGGCAGAACAGAAGGAACGCAAGACAAAGCCAGCAGUGCCGUCCGCAUGGUGGGGGUGGAGGCAGUCAGUGUUUUGGAGAGAAGUUCAUCAAGGGGAGGCACGCGGAGAGGAAGGGGACAGUAAAGAGGGAGCGGGGGGAGGAGAGGGAGGGGCGGGCAGAGGGGGGUUGCUGGUGGUGAUGGUGUGUGAGGACACGGGUGGUGGUAUAUCACCGGAGGAGCUGCAGUGGGUGCUGGACCCAGAGGGGCGGGCAGCAGUGCAGGGCAGAGGAGAUUCGUUGCUGCAAAGGGGAGUUUCUAAUAAAGGGCGCAUGGUGCGUGCUGCGACCCAUGCCAUGCCAUGUCAUGCCAUGCCCCACGAUUCCUUCCAAUCACUGCCUCCCAAUCACUGCCUUCCAAUCACUGCCUUCCUCACAUGUUUUGAGGCGUCUCAAUCUCGCUCCAUCUGUGCUUUCUUCCUUUCCCCCCUCACCUCUCUCCAGAAUGAGGCGCCACUUGUGUCGCCCAUGUCUGCCCUGCAUCGCUCCGUGGACUUCUGGCCCGGCUCUGCUGCACCUCCUUCUCAGCCCUCCUCUGCGCCUGCAUGGGAGCCCUACCCCGUUCGCUUCCUGCUCUCCACAGGCCUGGUGAAACUAAUGCGGGGGACCAUGGGAAUAGCAACGCAGCACCAUGUGGGUACCACCAUCCUCAUCAGCCUUCCAAUGGCCGCCUGCCAUCUGUCAGAAACUGGUGCUGUUGCUGCUGAUGCCGGUGGUAGUGGCGGUUGUGGUGGUGGGAUGGCGGGCCGGGGUGCGAGUGCAGAGGUGCAGGAGUGGGUGGAUCAUCGCAAGGCCAUCUGCUCUCUUGUGGCGGGCAAGACAGCGCUGCUGCUGGAUGCCAUGCCGCUCAGAGCGCAGGCAACGGAGGCGUGUCUGCACUACCUGGGAAUGGAGGUCACUCUGGCAGCCUCGCCCGCACAGGCCAUGCGCCUCAUGCGCCACCCACCCACCACCACCACCACCGGCGGCGGCAGCGGCGGUGGCGGUGGCGGUGGCAGCGGCAGCGGCGGUGGUGGUGAUGCAGGGGGAGGAGGGUGGGACGUGGUGCUAGUAGACGUGGACGUUGCUGGCCCGCGCACAGGCCUCCACGUGGGCGAAAAGAUUCUGCGCCACGCGGCUGAUGCAGCCGCUGCUUCUGCUGCUGCUUCUGAUGCUGCCACAAGCUCCCAGGGUCGGCAGGGUGGGGUCGAGGCAGGGCGAGAGGCAGGGCGGGCAGUGGUGGUGCUGACGGGGGCGAGGGCAGACAGUGUGGAGAGCGAGCAGGCGGAGAGGAUGGGGUUUGCGGCUGUGCUGCUGCACCCAUGGCUCGUCACUCACACCACACACUGCCUGCAGCAUCGGUUUAACCUCCCAUUCCUUCCCCUCCUUCAUCUCUCUCACGCAGCUCUUCUUUCGCACUGCAGAGCGGCCGCCAUCCAGUCCGCGAGGCAGCACCCAAAGUGCCACUCCAACCACACCCACCACCUCUGCCUCGCCGGCGCCUCCCACCCACCACCCCCUAGUCGCUCCCUCGGGCCCCCACUUCCCAACGACACAGCCUUGUUGUCUCCAAGUGCCUCCAACCCACCUCCAGCAGCAGUGCUCAGCCCGUUGGCGGUGCGGCACGUGGCGCCGGAGGAGGAGCUGAGGGCGCUGGUGGGGCAGCAGGCGGUGGUGGUGGUGGAUGACAACGCUGUCAACCGCGCCGUCGCCAGACGCACGCUGCUCGCACUCGGGGCUCUCGUGCACUUGGCAGCGGGAGGCGCACAGGCGCUGGACUGGCUGCGCCAGCACAUGGCUGCUGCCACCCGCGGCGGGCAGGAGGGGCUGGGGCAGCAGCAACAGCAGCAGUGGCAGGCGGAGGGGCCAGAGGCAGAGCGCGCUGUGCCGCUUGUGCUGUUGGACCUUCAAAUGCCCGACAUGGACGGCUACGAGACGGUGCGGCGCAUCCGAGCCAUGGAGGUGGAGGCCGCUGCAAGUGACACCCCGGCGGGUGAAGCUCAUGCGGGAGGCAGCAGGGGCUGGCGGCGGCGGUGGUGUGUGGUGGCGCUGACAGCGGAUGUGGACGGCGAUGUGCGGCGGGUGUGUGCUCAGGCCGGCAUGGAUGGCGUCGUCGCCAAACCCAUAGUGCCGCGCGACCUCCUCCCUGCGCUCAAGAGCGCCGGCUACCGCAGUUAG